AUGUCCAUCUUCGUCCUCGCUUACGCUCUCGGCCCCCUCGCAUGGGGCCCUCUUUCGGAACUCUACGGUCGCAUCAUUGUCCUGCAACUGACAAAUCUCUUCUACAUAUUCUUUAACCUGGGCUGUGGCCUGGCCCAGACCAAGGGCCAGAUGAUUGCGUUCCGCUUCCUGGCCGGACUCGGCGGCUCCGCUCCCCUGGCCAUCGGCGGCGGCGUCCUCAGCGAUCUCUUCACAGCCGAGGAGCGCGGUCGCGCCAUGGGCAUGUACUCGCUGACGCCGCUCCUCGGUCCGGCCCUCGGUCCCAUCGCCGGCGGCUACGUCACGCAGGAGACCACAUGGCGCCGGAUCUUCUACAGCACGACCAUCCUCACAGCCACCAUCCAGGCCGUCGGCUUCUUCGUGCUCCAGGAGACUUUCACGCCCGUCCUCCUCGCGCGCCGCAGGGCCCGCCUCAUCCAGCAAACGGGCAACGAGGCCCUCCACACCGAGUUUGACCACCCCGACCGCACCGCACGCGCCACCCUCGCCACGGCCCUGACGCGGCCCUUCCGCCUGCUCGCGACGCAGCUCAUCAUCCAGUGCCUGGCCCUCUACAUGAUGUACCUCUACGGGCUCAUGUACCUCGUGCUCUCGACGUUCCCGGCCCUCUGGGAGGACGUCUACCGCCAGCCCGUCGGCCGCGCGGGGCUCAACUACCUCUCGCUCGGCAUCGGCUUCUUCCUCGGCGCCCAGCUGUGCGCGCCGCUGCAGGACCGCGUCUACGCCCUGCUCAAGCGCCGCCGCGGCGUCGGCCGCCCCGAGUUCCGCGUGCCCAUGAUGGUGCCCGGCGCCGUGCUCGUGCCGGCCGGCCUGCUCGUGGACGGGUGGACGGCCGAGGCGCGCACGCACUGGCUGGGCCCCAACGCCGGCGCCGGCCUGUUCGCCAUGGGCACCAUCAUCGGGUUUCAGUGCGUGCAGGGGUUCCUCGUCGACUCGUACGCGCGGUAUGCGGCGAGUGCCGUCGGCGCGGCGACUGUGCUCCGGAGCCUGGCGGGGUUUGGCUUCCCGCUGUUCGGACCGGACGUCUACGCGAGCUUGGGGUACGGGUGGGGGAAUACGGUGCUGGCGGGCGUGGGUGUUGUUAUCGGAUGGCCUGGCCCGUGGCUGCUGUGGAGGUUUGGCGAAGGGUUGAGGAAGAAGAGCCCUUAUGCAGCUGGGGCGUGA